UCCCCCAUUCCCCCUUCUCCAACUCCUUCCUUCAUCAAACCCUAGCCUCCACCAAAGAAAGCAAACCCUAGCCUCCACCAAUAGUUGUCGCCGUCUGUCGGAGUGAGAGACUGCUGCCGCCGUCCAUCGCACUCAAGAACUUCCGUCUUCGUGCUCUCGGGCCUCUCGCCGGAUCCUCCACGUCGGGUGCUCGCAUCUCGCCGUUCUCCUCUGUGCUCGGCUGCUCGCGCCUCCCUCCGCCAGUGAGUGCUCGAGCUGUGCGUGUUGGUUGCUGCUCGUCGUCCGUGGUUGUCUCUGCUCGAUUCUGCCUCCCAGCCUCACUCGAGUCUCGUCUCAGUCAACUGGCAUCUCGUGGUUCGUCUGUCUCGUUGCCGGCGGCAGAAGCAACUCGUGGGGUGGUCGCCGACUCGCCGUCGAUCGUUCGGGGCCGUGGGAGUCAGAACUCAGAACGGAGGGGGAGUGGCUUUGAAAACAGAGGGAAGAGAGAAGAAAAAGCUACAGGUGAAGAAGUGAGCCCCCACCGGCGAAGGAGAGAGAUCGCGAAGAGAGAAAAGACGAAGAAGAGGCCACGCCGGUCUAGAGAACAGAGAGGAAAAGAGAGGCUCGGCGGUGAUAGUGUUGCUGCUGUCAGUGAAGACGUAGCAGCUCGGCAACAAGAUGGCGACGCCGGAAAGAUCACCGGUAGGAUUCAUCCUCAGAGAUGGAAGAGAGGACCGGCGGCGUAGCAGAGCUGCAUAAGCUCUUGAACACAAAGAAACAACUAAGAAUCAAGGCCCCUUAAGGACAAAGCCAUCGAUUCAUGUAUUAUUCAGGGCUUGUUAGGAACUUUGUUUUAACGCUGAGUAAACGCCACGUGUCCUCCUCCUCCGGCCUCGGUUGUGGCUCCACCAUGUUAGUAACCCCACUCCCAUCACAGUUCAACCAGAGCAUGUUCAACAAUGUCGUUGCCUCCAACAAGCUCAUCGCCAAUUACCUUCGAUUGGGUGACAUGGAUUCUGCUCUCCAAGUGUUUGAUAAAAUGACAGUGAAGAGCACCGUUACUUGGAACUCUAUCCUUGCUGGCUACGCCAAGAAUCUUGGGAAUUUUGAAGUUGUACGCCAAGUUUUUGAUAAAAUUCCUGAACCGAAUAGUGUGUCUUAUAAUAUCAUGCUGGCGUGUUAUUUGAACAAUUUUGGCAUCCACAGAGCCCGUGCUUACUUUGAUGUAAUGCCUGUGAAGGAUACGGCGUCUUGGAACACGAUGAUCUCAGGUUAUGCUCAGAUUGGAUUGAUGGGCGAGGCGCGCAUGAUGUUCUUGGCAAUGCCAGAGAAAAAUACUGUCUCAUGGAGUGCGAUGGUGUCGGGGUAUGUGGCUUGUGGAGACUUGGAUUCUGCAGUGGAAUGCUUUUAUGCUGCAACUGUGAAGAGUGUGAUUACCUGGACUGCCAUGAUCACUGGGUACAUGAAAUUUGGCAGAGUUGAGUCUGCCGAGAAAUUGUUCCAAGAAAUGUCUCAGAAGACUUUGGUGACAUGGAAUGCUAUGAUAGCUGGGUAUGUUGAUAAUAGCAGGGCAGAAGAUGGGUUGAAGCUUUUGAAGACAAUGCUAGAGACUGGGGCCAAGCCUAAUGCUGUGAGCUUGACUAGUGUGUUAUUGGGUUGUAGUAACCUAUCAGCAUUGCAACUUGGUAGACAAGUUCAUCAGUUAGUUUGUAAAUCUCCAUUGAGUAGUGACACCACAGCCGGAACUUCAUUGGUUAGCAUGUAUUCCAAAUGCGGGGAGCUGAAGGACGCGUCGAAAUUGUUUGUGCAGAUCCAACGGAAAGACCUUGUAUCAUGGAACACAAUGAUUUCUGGUUAUGCACAACAUGGAGCUGGUGAAAAAGCUCUGGAGUUAUUUGAUGCAAUGAAAAAUGAUGGCAUGAAGCCAGAUUGGAUUACUUUUGUAGCAGUAUUUUUAGCUUGUAACCAUGCAGGAUUUGUAGAUCUUGGGGUCCAAUAUUUUGAUGCUAUGAUAAGGGAUUAUGGAAUUGAAGCUAGGCCAGAACACUAUGCUUGCAUGGUUGACCUUCUCGGUCGACGUGGAAGGUUAUCUGAGGCAAAAGACUUGAUAAAAAGUAUGCCGUUUAAGCCACAUCCUGCCAUCUUUGGAACGCUUUUGGGAGCCUGUAGGAUCCAUAAGAACCUAGAUCUGGCUGAGUUUGCUGCCAAGAAUCUGCUUGCGCUUGAUCCUAGUAGUGCAACUGGAUAUGUUCAAUUGGCCAAUAUUUAUGCAGCACAAAAUAGAUGGGAGCAUGUUGCUAGGAUUCGGAGAUCGAUGAAAGACAAUAAUGUAGUGAAGACACCUGGAUAUAGUUGGAUUGAGAUAAAGAGUGUGGUGCAUGAGUUUCGGUCAAGUGACCGAUUGCACCCAGAAUUGGUUUCUAUACAUAAAAAACUAAAUGAAUUGGAGAAGAAAAUGAAGAUGGCUGGCUAUAUUCCGGAUCUUGAGUUUGCAUUGCAUGACGUGGAAGAGGAGCUGAAAGAACAGCUACUUCUAUGGCACAGUGAGAAAUUGGCAAUUGCAUUUGGACUUCUAAAGGUACCAUUAGGUGUUCCAAUCAGGGUAUUCAAGAACUUGAGAGUUUGUGGAGAUUGCCACACUGCAACAAAGUACAUAUCAGCUAUAGAAGGAAGAGAAAUCAUUGUUAGGGAUACCACUAGGUUUCAUCAUUUCAAGGACGGGUCCUGCUCCUGCAGUGAUUACUGGUAAUCUUGCCAUUAUGCAACCAAAACAAUGCAAUUGAAUUCAGUCAAAGGACAUGUCUAUUUAAACCAGUUAGUUCAAUGAACUUCAUUAUACAUGCCAAGAACAAAAAGUUUCACCUUAAUGAAUUUUUCGUUUUCACGCCAAACUGCCUUUGUUCUCCUUCAUUCUCACGCCACUUCUUCCUUGUUCUCUUUCGUUUUCACCCCACUUCAUCUUCUUCCUCACCUUCGUCUACUCUCAUCGUUGCCACUCACCAUCGUCUCGUGCGCUCACCAGUGUUGAAGAUGUGUAUGGCUAUGAUGGUGAUGAUGAACUACAAUGGCUAAUUGAGUCAGAGAAGGUGAUUGACUUCUCGUGUGGUCACUUGUCUGCUUGCUAGUCUUCUUGGUGGUUACCAGGAUAUCCUCCAUUCUUGCUAGUCUUCUGAUUUUUAGGUGAUUGCCAUGUGUUUGAUGAAUUUCCUGAGAGAGAUGGAAAAGAGCGGAACUUGUUUUCUGUGUUUCCUUUUCCCAAUUCACAAGAUUUAGGGUCUAGCAACGUGGGAGGUGAGGUUCUUUAUGUCUAACUAGUUGGGAAUACAGCACCAGAUUUUGAAGCAGAGGCUGUUUUUGAUCAGGAAUUUAUCAAGGUUAAACUAUCUGAAUACAUUGGAAAGAAAUAUGCUUCGGGCUCUUUAUUUUUAUUUUUCUUUUUUGUAAAAAGGAAAAAAGAAAAAUGAAAUAACUAACUUAUUUUUUUAUCUCUAGAGUCAAUUUUAAAGUGCAUUCUAUUUAA